AUGGCUACUUUAUCACCGCUAAAAGUAACAAUUAUCACAUGUACAGCGGUUGUCGUAGUUUUUAAGCUGCCUAGAUGGAUUAGAACAAUUCGCCGUAAAGGACUCAAGCAAAUAGUCGUCCAAAAACUUUCUCGUUUUCUCUUAAAGUUCGAAUACUUCAAGAAACAGUUUGACUCAAAAAAUGAAGAAGCAAAAGAAUCAGUCCAAAGCGUUUUGCUUGCCCACCGUGAAAAUCCAAUUUUUACUCUUCCUGAGCAUGGCCUUGACCCUCAAAUAAUCCUCGAAAGACUCCACAAAUGGGCAGAAAGAGAUCUUGAGUUCCAAAAAGGAGGCAGAAUAUCAGGUGCGGUAUACCAUGGAGGAAAAAAUCUUCAGCUAUUAGCUGCAGAAGCCAUGAAAUCUUUUACAAUCAGCAACCCUUUGCAUCCUGAUAUUUUCCCUGCUGUCAGACAAAUGGAAAGCGAAAUAGUCCAAAUGACUGUUAAUUUGUUUAAUGGAGGCCCAAAUGCUUGUGGGAUUUUAACACAAGGAGGCACUGAAAGUUUGCUGCUGGCAAUGUUAGCUUAUAGAGAAUGGGGAAGAAGAAGGGGUAUAACUGAGCCAGAAAUUAUUGCUCCUGUAACUGUUCAUGCUGCUGUAGAAAAAGCGGCGUUUUAUUUUGGGAUGGAAUUGGUUCAUGUGAGAAUGGGGCCUGAUUAUAAGGUAGAUAUUAGGGAAGUCAGGAGAAAUAUUACAAGUAAUACGGUUGUUAUUAUAGGAAGUGCUCCAAAUUAUGCGAAUGGGAUUAUAGAUGAUCUUCAAGAAUUAGGGAGAUUAGCAUUAAGAUAUAAAAAGAAUUUCCAUAUUGAUGCAUGCUUAGGAGGAUUUCUGCAUCCUUUUCUGAAGGAAGCUGGGUAUGAUAUCCCUGCAUGCGAUUUCUCAGUUCCUGGUGUAACCUCAAUUUCUUGCGACCCUCAUAAGUAUGGAUACACUCCUAAAGGAGUUUCAUGCCUUAUGUUUGCAAACCCAGAGCUCAGAAAAUUCAGUUAUUUCACAUCUGCAGGGUGAACUGGAGGAGUUUAUGUAACCCCUACUCUUUCAGGAAGCAGAACUGGCUGCAUAUCUGCAGGUGCCUGGGCCACUAUCUUAAGUAUGGGCCGCAACACAUAUAUUGAAUGUGCAAAAGCUAUAAUGGACGCAGCAAGCUACAUAAAGAGAGAAAUUGUAAAAGUCCCUCACCUAGAACUUAUGGGUGACCCAGUUAUGAGCAUCAUUGGGUUUACCUCAAAAACUAUUAAUAUAUGGGCACUUGUCUCAAUAAUGAGCAAAAUUGGAGGCUGGGGACUAAAUGCUACACAAAGCCCACCUGGAGCUCACUUUUGUGUGACUUAUGCUAAUGCUUCACAAGCUGAGCAGUUCAUUCAAGAUCUUUAUAAAGCUGUUGAAGAAGUCGAAAAGUGUGCAGACAUGAGCGCCUAUCAAACUUGCCAAUUAUAUGGACUAAUUGCUGAAUUUCCGGACAAAACAAUUAUUGGAGAUAUUUUAACAAACUACGCAGAUUGCUUAUUUACCGCUUAA